UACUUUCUAUUGUGACCUGGUGCCAUUAAAGGAUACAAACAGAAGGUUAGCCAGGUUUACAUCAAGUCAUCUUUCAGUGAGGGAAGGGACUCUCUGUGUUGUCGCCGCGGAUCAAUAUUGUUUGUGUUAUGAGAAGAGAUCUUGGGACUGUGAUUGAACACCAUGGCUGCAGCCCCUCCACUCAGACGGUCAGACUCUGCUCGGGGGGAGUUUUCCCCUCUGAAGCACUUUGUUGUGGCCAAGAAGAAGAUAAGCGAUGUUUUUGAACAACUACUGAACUAUGUGAAAGAGACUUCAGAGUUUGUAGAAGAAACCUGUGGGAAUAAAGCUUUGGAGAACAUUGCGAGUCAGGACCAAAAGUUGGAGAUUCAAGCGUAUGCUGAUAAACUUGCUGUCAUUAAGGAGGUGCUGGCACGCAGACACAUGAAAGUGGCCUUUUUUGGCAGGACCAGUAAUGGUAAAAGCACAGUGGUCAAUGCCAUGCUGAGGGACCGAGUGCUGCCUAGCGGGAUUGGCCACACCACUAACUGCUUCCUGAGUGUGGAGGGCACUGAUGACGACAAGGCCUACCUCAAGACGGAGGGCUCUGAUGAGGAGAAGAGCAUCAAGACUGUAAACCAGCUGGCGCAUGCGCUCCACAUGGAUGAGAGUCUGGACGCUGGCUGUCUCGUCCGUGUGUUUUGGCCAAAGACCAAGUGUGCUCUUCUCCGAGACGAUCUGGUGCUUGUAGACAGCCCAGGGACAGAUGUCACGACACAACUGGACAGCUGGAUUGACAAGUUUUGCCUGGAUGCUGAUGUCUUUGUGCUGGUGGCCAACUCUGAAUCCACACUUAUGAACACGGAAAAGCACUUUUUCCACAAAGUGAAUGAACGUCUGUCGAAGCCCAACAUCUUCAUCCUCAACAACCGCUGGGAUGCCUCGGCAAACGAGCCAGAAUACAUGGAAGAUGUAAGGAAACAGCACACAGACCGUUGUGUGAACUUCCUGGUAGAGGAGCUGAAGGUUGUAGACCGCGAUAAGGCACCCAACCACAUUUUCUUUGUCUCUGCCAAAGAGGUCCUCAACUCCCGCAUGCAGCGCGCACAGGGCAUGCCUGAAACAGGUGGAGCCCUGGCUGAGGGCUUCCAGGAGAGACUGAAGGAGUUCCAAAGCUUUGAGAGGAGGUUUGAGGAGUGUAUCUCGCAGUCAGCAGUGAAAACAAAGUUUGAGCAGCACACUAUCAGGGCCAAGCAGAUCACAGAAAAAGUCAAGAGCAUCAUGGACGCCAUCAACAUCGAGGCGGCAGAGAAGAGAGUGGCGGCGCUUGAGGACCGAGAGUAUCAGAUGGACCGGCUGGAGUUUGUCAAGAAUCAACUCAACUUGCUGAUCGACGAUAUCAAGAAGAAGAUCAAGGCCAUCAGUGAGAAUGUGGAAUCUAAGGUAUCCAGCGCCAUGGGAGAGGAGAUCUGCCGUCUCCACGUAAUCGUUGACGAGUUCCACGCUGACUUCCACCCUUCACCGCAUGUCCUCAAGAUCUACAAGUCUGAACUGCUGGCUCACGUGGAGGAGGGGAUGGGCAAGAACUUGGCCUACCGCUGCUCCGAUGCCGUCUACGCCUCUGUCCAGUCCUCUCAGUCAUACAUGAUCGAGAGCAUGCUCCCUCUGCUUCCCUCUUCGGCCCAGAGCCAAGUCCACAUGCUGGUGCCCAGCAGGAAGUUUGACCUGAGUUACGACCUUAACUGCGCCAAACUUUGCAGCGACUUCCAGGAGAACAUUGAGUUUCAGUUUUCGUUGGGCUGGACAGCAUUAGUCCACCGCUUCCUUGGAUCUGUCAACGCGCAGAGAGCUCUCAAACUGGUGGACCACAACUUCCAGUCCUCUCGACCAGCACUGGCCUGUACGCCCUCCUCAGGACCCCCCUCCACGAUAUCCCAGCCCAACCACGAGACGGCUCUCAUGACCCAGGAGGACCUGAUGGUAGUCAUUGCAAACAACGUGGCGUCCCUCACCUCUCGCACUUCAAUGAGCAUUGUCAUCGUUGGGGGAGUGGUGUAUAGAACAGUUGGGUGGCGGCUGAUUGCCCUGUCAGCCUCAAUGUAUGGCUUGCUGUACCUGUAUGAGAGACUCACUUGGACCACAAGGGCAAAAGAGCGCGCUCUGAAGCGCCAGUUUGUGGACUACGCAACCGAGAAGCUGCAGCUCAUCGUCAGCUUUACCAGUGCAAACUGUAGCCACCAGGUUCAACAGGAGAUGGCUACGACCUUUGCUCGGCUCUGUCAGCAGGUGGACCAGACACAGAAAGAGCUGGAGGCUGAAAUCCGCCAACUGACAGCUAAGAUAGAUCAGCUGGAGACAGUCCAGAGCCACUCCAAGAGCCUACGACAUAAAGCGACAGAUCUGGAGAGACAGUUGGCGGAGUUCACAAACGAGUACCUGCAGCCUCAGCAGUGAGCUGUUCUGCUUCAUCACUUCACACAGCUUGGUUCUUGUUGAGCCAGUCAUUCCUCAACCAGGCGCUGCCUUACCACGCCCGAUCACGACUUAAACUUUACACUACAGUUUUCUGUGUGGACAGUAGUGCUGAAAAGAUGAAUGGAUUAAUCGACUGGUCAAACGAAAAGAAAUCUAUCUAUAGAUAUUUUGAUAAUCAGCAGGGAAACUAAACUUCUGCAGCUUUUCAAAUGUAAAGGUUCAGUUCUUUUGUGUCAUUUGAAUGAAAAAAGGAAAUGUUUUUGUUGUUGCCACACCAAAUGGUCAAUUUGAAGAUGAUGUUGUUUCAAAUUGACUAUUUGGUGUUUUUGGUAACUAAAUGGCCACUUCUCAUUAUUUUUUGACAUUUUGUAGACUAAAAAUAAAAAGAUUAAUUGAUAAUGAAUACAAUUGUCAGUUUCACUCUUAGUGGACAGAAAGUAAAGGCCCAGACAUGAAAGUAUUUUCCUCUCCUCCUCAGCUAUUCAUCACGUGCUUGAAAAACAGCAAACUGUAAAACAAAUUAACUUGGACUCACGGUGUGCAAAGAUGAUGGCGAUAUAAUCUCGGUUGGCGUGAAGGCUACCGGUCGGGUGCUACAUUUUGACAUCAACGUGCUUCUGUGAAUAUGCCUUCUUUUUGGCAGGGGGGGGGACUAACAUUUGGGGAGCAAAUGAAGUUUGCGUGUCUGUUAUACGGCACAUGUAUUUGUCCAGACACAUGAUCUGCUGUAAGUUGGCAACAAAAAAGAAAUGGAUUUAAUAAUCAAAGAGAACAGAUGUUUUGAUUAUAUGGACCUAGUUAGUGUAAAUUCACUGAGAAAUAAUUUUAGUAGAAAGGGAAAGCAUGUCUUUAACAUACUGUACGUUCAUGUUCCAUUUUCUAAUUAUCUUCACUGUAUAGAUGAAAGGCUUUGGAAAUCCUCAUUUUAUAAUAUCCUAUUUUAUUUAUACCCAUUAGACUUGUAAUGACAAUUACACCAGUCUACACUUGUAAAAUUGCCUUUCCUUGUGUGUUGAAAUACCUCCCAGAUUUGCCUGAUUGUAUUAAAUCUGCCACAAUCCAAAAACUGA